UCUUCAUCAAAAUCCGAAGCCCCAGCCAAGCCAGUCGGCCCUAAAUUUUCAGUCCCUGCAUCGUUCACACGUUAGUCUAAGACACCGUCUUCAAUGCAUUACCUAAUCAAAUUAGAGCUGACUCUUCGUGCAAACAACGGAGCCCAUUACUCGGACCGAGAACUUCUUCAGCGAACUACGCACCCAAAUGCCUUCCUUGCUUUAGUCGGCAACCGCAGAAAAUCCUUAGCCUACAAGAAACCACAUUAGACUAUAAAAGCAAUAGCACUCGCAUCAGUAAUUAUACAGGCAAAACCAGCUGCUUUGCUUCCCCGCAGUGCUCCAAAGCCUCUGCAGUCGGGCGCGGUGGGCUAUUCCAAGGAAGAAAAGAGGAGCAGAUGGGAAAGAAGCUGGAGUUUCUGUGGGGAAGGACCUCAAGGAAGAUAUCCAAGCUUAAGACCCUCCUCGGCCUCACCGUAUCUCGCCUCGCCAUCCUCCGCAACCGCCGCCAGGUCCGGUGUGGCCAGGCCCGGGGCGACGUCGCUCAGCUCCUCCAACUCGGUCAUGUUGACCAUGCUCUCCUUCGGGUGGAGCAUGUGAUGAAGGAGCAGAACAUAUUGGAAGUGUAUGUGAUGAUAGAAGGCUACUGCCAUCUCAUCACCGAAAGGGCUAUCCUCUUGGAGCACCAAAAGGAGUACUGCCCGGAGGAGCUCCGGGAGGCGAUCUCGAGCCUAAUCUUUGCUGCCUCGAGGUGUGGGGACAUGCCGGAGCUGCAGAGCGCUCGAUAUAUAUUUGCAUCCAUGUUCGGGAAGGAAUUCGCCGCUGCUGCAGUCGAGCUGCGGAACAAUUGUGGUGUCAAUGCGAAGAUGAUACAGAAGCUGUCAACCAGACAGCCGAGCCUGGAAAACAGACAGAGGGUGACGAAGGAGAUCGCUGUCGAGAAAGGGAUCGAACUGGAUUUUGAUGAGCCGCCUCCUGAGAUUCCAGAGGUGGAUCCAAACCUGAAACAGAGAAGGAAUCAGAGCCGGCCGGUGGUGAACAUAGCAUCGGAAACCGCCCAGGAGCUGUCUGAAUUGGAUCAGGACGAUAAUUCGUCAUUGAGAUCAAAGCAGGAGUACAAAGAUGUGGCGAGCGCAGCACGAGCUGCCUAUGAAUCUGCGGCACAUGCUGCAGCAGCUGCAAGGGCUGCGGUAGAGAUCUCGCGAUCAGAGUCCCAAGGGAACGAUUCCGGUGGUCUGGGCAAAUCAGACGGUGAAAGGAAAACUGGAUCAUGUGAAAAGACCAGGAAUGAGGACGAAACUUGGACGGGAGUUAGAGACGUUGAGAAGAUCCAUCCCGUCCGGAGCUACAGUUCAGAGUCGGAAGAGGAAAUACCGGCACGUAACAAUAGUUUGCUUCAAAAGGAAAGACUCCGAGAGAAGUUCGCGCCAUGGCUGGAGAGAUCCUCAUCUUCCUCAAGCUCAGAUUCCACUGAGGCUCCUUUCCAGCAUAAAAACAUGGCCUCAAAUGAAUUGGGUUCCCCGGGGCGGAGGGGGAAGGAAAUUUUGUUCGAUAAGGGUGACAGCGAGACAGAAAAGGAUCAGAAUUUAGGAGCGAAUCCAUUACCAACGAGUAGCAGAGUUCUGAGCUUGGGAGGAAGAAAUGGAGGUGGUAACCAAAUGGCCAGGCACGUUGACUUGGCUUCGGAUGAAAGCUUACCUGACAAGCAACGACUCUCUUACCUUCAGCCUCCCUACCGAAGAAACCCAGUAAGAUAUAAUGCGAAGGACUCUUUGCAUGAAGAGAGAGAUAAGAAGGGAUGGGGAUCAAAAAAUGAAGAUGACACCGCAAUGUAUUAUUCUGAAGCAAAAUCACGAACUGGGAGCGUUUACCUGGACGCUGCAGAGAAGUCGCACAUGAAACACUCAAAUGGAGGGAAGAGAGCCGUCUCAGUGAGGACCCGAAGAGGAUUUUAGCUGCAAUUUUCAAGGGGCUGAGGAAGAUAAAUUAACUGUGAGAAAGAUCAAGUAUGCUGUUUCAUGGAUGGAUCAUUGGUUACUUUUGCUUCUUCAGCUGAUGCAUGACAAUGUAAAUUCAGUGCGUUGAUUUUGACGUGUAGCAAGAUUUGGUGUAAUUUUCCGAUAUCCGUUCAUGAGCUCGUUUAAGGAGAGGGUAAUAAAAAACCUAUUUUACCCAUA